GUCAAGUCAUACAUAUUUCAAUAAGUUUAUGGACAAUAUACAAGUUUCGUGGAUUCAUCCGAAGUGACUUUUGCUUUCUGUAAAAAGUUGAACUAAAUACACUUCAUAAUGAGUUACAAUUUGCCAUCGCUUGGUCCAAAACCAACUGUUGAAAAAUUUGCAAUUCACAAUGACUGUUAUGGUUUACCGAAUCCCAUGAUAUCAGGACUGUCGGGGGCUAAACAAAGCAUAGGUUUCUCUCAUCCGUUAGAAGCCACUGAAAAAAAUGCCCAAAAGAAUCGUGAAUCCAUGAAUAUGGUGUUACUUAGAAACAUUCAAGGAAUACAUGCACCGAUACGUAUAGCAAUGGAAUUAAAAGCUACUGAACAAAUUGGAAGAUUACCAUUUCUGCCAUCGUCAAAUUUGAUGAGAGAUGUUCUACUUGGAAGAGACGAGGACAUAGGGUUCGAAGAUAUAUUGAACACACCAGAAUUUAAAGAACAAAUGGGCCAACCACACGCUGUCGUUGAAAAGAGCCUGGGAAUAUUAUAAAAUCUAUAUUUGAUAUGUAAUGUGGCUUUGUAUAAUUGAAUUUAUUAAAUAACAACAAAAGGUUGACUUUUAUUUACUAUGUAA